CCAAGUCUCUAAACACCAACCUUGUGCAAGAACGUUACAAGAAAGACAUAGAAAAGUAUUACAGAUUGUGUGAGAAAGAAAAGUCAUGGGCAGUGAGGGUUUGAAGAUUCCAUGUCUGAAAUUUUGUGGAUUGAAAGAGGGGAGUGAGGAAUGGAGAGAGAUGAGCAAGAAAGUGAAGGAUGCUUGUGAGAGCCAUGGUUGCUUCAUCAUGGUUUAUGAUAAGAUUCCAAAGGGUCUAUGUCAUCACAUGUCUUUGUUCAUUAAAGAGUUGUUUGAUUUGCCUGAAGAAACAAAGAGGAAGCACACAAGCCCCAAGCCUUAUAAUGGUUACAAUUCUGACUCCCCAGUUUAUCAGUGUUUUGGACUUGAAGAUGCUUCUCUUCUUCAAACAUCCCAGGCCUUCACUAACCUCAUGUGGCCUCAGGGAAACCCUACUUUCUGUGAGACACUGAACUUGACAAGCUCCAAGCUAGUUGAUCUGAGUUUGGAGAUUAUGAAGAUGAUUGUGGAGGGUUAUGGGCUUCCGAAGAAAUACAGUUCAAAGAUCGAGGAGUUUAAGAGUUCUUGUCAUUUUCGUUUGAUGAAGUACAAAGUUGCUGAAAAUGGUGAAGUUUGUGAAGCUGCAUUGUUGCCUCACACAGACAAAAGUGCCUUAACCAUUUUGUUUGACAACCAAGUGGAGGGUCUUCAGGUGCUCACCAAAUCAAACCAAUGGAUUCCAGUGAAGAUACCCCAAGAAGGGUUUGUGGUCAUGGUUGGUGAUGCGUUCAAGGCCUGGAGCAAUGGGAGGCUUGAUGCUGCGACACACAGAGUUGUGAUGAAAGGAGAAAAAGAGAGAUAUUCGUUUGGACUAUUUGCAUUGCCGAAAGAGGAAGUGAAUAUUGAGGUGCCUGGUGAGUUGGUGGAAGACAACAUUCACCCUCUUCGUUACAGACCAUUCAACUAUGGAGAUUUCCUCAAAUACUUUCUUUUCACUCUCAGUCCCAAUGCAUUAGAUGUCUUUGCUGCUGCUUCAUCCUACCCUCAAGGAUCAUAAAUAUAAAUCAUUACAAUAAUUAUGAUCCUGCAAGAUGUUACAGACUUUUGCAUAUGGAACAUCAUCAACUAUCUACCUCUAUAUAAACUGUCCCUUAUAAUAAUCUUUUCUUUUUAAUGGCUGUUUCUUUACUUCUUAAGUUAUAAUAUUACUUCUUUUUUGAAUGUAAACGAAUAUAAAUGGAUAAUGUAAUGUUUGUAUGUUUUCUCUUCAUAAGAUGAGGACAAUGAAACAGUUUCAAGACAUUGGUAAA